GUCAAACAGGACUAAAUUGCUUCUCAAAGAACCAUUAAUCCUCCUUCAGCGCAGACUGCUCAAAAUCUCAAAGAACUCUCGAAGCAACCAAUGGCAGGCAUGGAGGAAAACGACGAGUUCUAUCUGCGCUACUACGUGGGGCACAAGGGAAAGUUCGGCCACGAAUUCCUAGAAUUCGAGUUCCGGCCCGAUGGCAAGCUGCGGUACGCCAAUAACUCUAACUACAAGAACGACACAAUGAUCCGUAAGGAGGUUUUUGUGACCCCUUCUGUCCUCAAGGAGUGUCGCCGCAUUGUCUCCGAUUCCGAGAUAAUGAAGGAGGACGAUAAUAAUUGGCCGGAGCCCGACCGUGUGGGGAGGCAGGAGCUGGAGAUUGUAAUGGGGAACGAGCACAUCUCGUUUACGACUUCGAAGAUUGGUUCUCUCAUGGAUGUGCAGACAAGCAAGGAUCCCGAAGGCCUCCGCAUCUUUUACUAUCUGGUUCAGGAUCUGAAAUGUUUCGUGUUCUCUCUCAUCUCAUUACACUUCAAGAUCAAGCCCAUUUGAGGAACAGCAAUGAUGCUAGUCAAUGAAGGUUGUCAUUUUAUUAGUUGUGACCUAAGUACUCUUUUUAAAUUUACCUUUUCUGUGGGUGAUCAUUUUCUGGGACAAGAAUUUAUUGUGGUUUGUAUGAGAUUGUCGGGCAAGGUUUGGAUUAAGGUUGUAAUGAGUAGUAGUCAUUUUCUAUUGACUUUGACGAUGUCUUUGGUUUGUUUCUGAAACUAGUUUUAGUAGUAGUUAUUUGAAAUUUACCUAUGUUUGGAGUA